AGACAGAGAUAGAGACAGAGACAGAGUGCAUAAAGAGACAGCCAAACAGAGCCAGGCGUCUCUACCAGAGCUGUCACUAACAGACCACACCCCCUUCCCUUCCCUCACACCCUAUUGGCUGGCUGCCCUGCCACUGAGAGCAAAGGUUCUGAUGUUUGGGGGGCGGAGCUUUGAGCCGACAUCACAUCACAUGGAUUCUCUCAUGUGGUCAGCGAGUGCAGAGACAGAUCUGUGUGAAGCAGGCAGCUGCUGGAGAUACCGCAAGAGACAGAGAGAGGGAACGAGAGAGACACAGAGAGAGGGAACGAGAGAGACAGAGAGAGGGAACGAGAGAGAGACAGAGAGAGGGAACGAGAGAGACACAGAGAGAGGGAACGAGAGAGACAGAGAGAGGGAACGAGAGAGACAGAGAGAGGGAACGAGAGAGACAGAGAGAGAGGGAACGAGAGAGACAGAGAGAGAGGGAACGAGAGAGACAGAGAGAGGGAACGAGAGAGACAGAGAGAGGGAACGAGAGAGACAGAGAGAGAGGGAACGAGAGAGACAGAGAGAGGGAACGAGAGAGACAGAGAGAGAGGGAACGAGAGAGACAGAGAGAGGGAACGAGAGAGACAGAGAGAGGGAACGAGAGAGACAGAGAGAGAGGGAACGAGAGAGACAGAGAGAGAGGGAACGAGAGAGACAGAGAGAGAGGGAAAGAGAGAGACAGAGAGAGGGAACGAGAGAGACAGAGAGAGGGAACGAGAGAGACAGAGAGAGGGAACGAGAGAGACAGAGAGAGAGGGAACGAGAGAGACAGAGAGAGGGAACGAGAGAGACAGAGAGAGAGGGAACGAGAGAGACAGGAGAGAGGGAACGAGAGAGACACAGAGAGGGAACGAGAGAGACAGGAGAGAGAGAGACAGAGAGAGAGGGAACGAGAGAGACACAGAGAGAGGGAACUAGAGAGACAGGAGAGAGAGGGAACGAGAGAGACAGGAGAGAGGGAACGAGAGAGACAGGAGAGAGGGAACGAGAGAGACACAGAGAGGGAACGAGAGAGACAGGAGAGAGCUUUGAAUAG